CUUGAACAUUAUUUUUACAAAAGUUCUAUUUGAUUUAUCAAUAUAAAAUGUCAAGCCCCAAGAAAGAAGAUCUUCCAAAGGUUUCCCCAGCUAUUAAGGAUGAAUUAGCUCAGUUUGAUUCUACCAGAAUGAAACAUGCAGAGACCAAGGAAAAACAACAUCUUCCAACAAAGGAGGAUGUUGAGAAGGAGAAAGUCCACAACUCUCUGCUGCAAAAUGUUGAGGGAUUUCAACGUUCUACACUUCAGCAUACUCAGCCUCAAGUGCGAGUCCGUCUUCCCAGUGCUGAAGAUGUAGCUCAGGAAAAAGUUCAGCAGAACAUCAUGUAUGGAGUGAGGAACUUCAAGCGCAACUCAUUAAAACACACAUCCACAGAAGAGAAAAUUGUUCUCCCAAACAAAAGUGAUUUAAAACAAGAAAGAGUACACCAUAACCUGGUGACUGGUGUGGAGAAGUUUGAUAAAUCAAGUCUUCAUCAUGCCAAGACAACAGAGAAAACUUUUUUACCAAAUUCAGAAGAUGUAAAACAAGAGAAAGUACACCAGAGCCUGGUAACCGGUGUGGAGAAAUUUGAUAAAUCAACUCUUCAGCAUGCUGAGACUGCAGAAAAAAUUGUUUUACCUAAGCCACAAGGUAUAGUUACACAGCUAUGA